AUGAAAUUCAUUGGGCUCAUAUCCGGUGGUAAAGAUUCCUUUUUCAAUAUACAUCACUGUAUUUCACAAGGUCAUGAGUUGGUAGCAUUGGGAAAUUUGUAUCCUGAGAAAUCCGAUGAGAUAGAUUCAUUUAUGUUUCAGACUGUGGGGCAUGAUGUAAUUGACUAUUAUAGCCAAUGUCUCGACGUCCCACUUUAUAGACAGCCAAUACUUGGAAAGUCAGCAAAUCAACAUUUGGAAUAUCUGGUGACAGAAAAUGAUGAAAUUGAAGACUUAUAUAAACUACUAUCUAAGAUAGUGGAUGCUCAUCCUGAUGCGGAAGGAGUAAGCUGCGGGGCAAUUCUAUCUCAUUAUCAAAGAACACGAGUUGAAAAUGUUUGUGACAGGUUGGGCUUGACUUCAUUGACUUACUUAUGGCAAAGGAACCAAUACGACUUAAUGAAAGAAAUGUGUGAAAGUGGGUUAGAUGCAAGGAUUAUUAAGGUUGCAGCAAUUGGACUUACAAAGAAUCAUUUAGGCAAGAGUAUAUCUGAAUUAUUCCCGACUUUGAUCAAAUUAAAUCAAAUGUACGAGGUUCAUAUUUGUGGCGAAGGUGGGGAGUUUGAAACAAUUGUAUUAGAUUGUCCGUUUUUCAAAAAGAAGAAACUUGUUAUCACCCAGCAAGAUAUAGUCGAACAUAGUAGUGAUGUAUUUUACUUGAGGAUAAAAGUUGAAUUGGCCGAUAAAGAUGACACAUUUGAAUUCAAACCACUCGAAAGUUUGCCUUUAUUGGAAGAAGAAUUUGAAGAUAUUGCAAAUUCAUGUCCAAAGGCUGAUAUAGGUUUGGCUGGAUUACUGAUUGAUAGCAAAAGAAUUGUACCAAAGAUGGAAUUUACAUCUACGAUGAGUACACUUUAUAUCUCCAACUUGACAUCAUUGAAAUCAACUAUUGAGGAUCAAACAGAAGAUAUAUUUCAACAAUUGGAUAAGCUUCUUGGUGAACACAAUUUGACAGUUAAUGAUAUACAGCAUAUAACAUUAUUAUUAUCAGACAUGUCUAACUUUGCAAAAGUUAAUAAGCUUUAUGGGGCUGUGUUUAAGGAUAUAUAUCUACCACCAUCCAGAAUUUGUAUUGAAACAGAUGUCGAGUCAAUUCAAUUAUCCUGUAUUGUUCUCAAACAAAUACAACCAAAAACAGGAAUUCAUAUUCGUUCAAGAUCGUAUUGGGGUCCACAAAACAUAGGCCCAUACUCACAGAGCAUUGUCAAUACUCAGCCAUCUUAUAAGACUGCAACGUUAUCGGGACAAAUACCUUUAAUCCCUGCAACAAUGAAUAUAUCAGAUAAGUCAAUAGUAUUUGACUCAGCAUUAUCAUUACAGCAUUUAGUGCGAGUAAAGAAUUUGGUUAAUGUGAAACAGUUUGCUCUGAUUGUAUGUUUUAUUUCGGAUGAAUCAUAUGUCCCAAUUGUCAGAUCGUGCUGGGAUGAUUUGGAGAAUAAAGGUAAUUUAGUGAUUGUUACUGUUCGAGGAUUACCUCGUGGAGCUAAAGUGGAAUGGGGAGGUUUAAGCCUUGAAAAUAUUACUGACCUAUAUGAUGACUAUUGUAGUGAUUCCGAAAGUGAAGCCUGUGAUGUUCAGGUUUCUCAAUUCGAAAAAUUUGAUGAAUCUUGCAUUGUUCAAGUGGGAAAGAAAGGUGAUUUUUCAGUGAUUACAUUAUUCACAUCAGAUUCAGAUGUGGUAAAGAGCUUGUCUACAUUUAAAGGUUAUCGACAACUCAUUUGUCAUCCCAAGGAUUAUAUUGAUUCCAGGGGUGAUUACUUACCGGUGAAAACUGUUUUUGACCACAAAGGGAAGAAUCAUAAAUAUGCAGUGAUUUUGAAAAUAGAGACAGAUAGAAUCAGUUAA